GGCAACUAGAGAUGAUAGAGUGGGUUAUUAUUGCAGUUCUUGCUUGUGCGUUGAGCCUUUUGCUUAUUGACGUUUUGAAUAAGAAGAAAACUGAGAUCGAUGGAGCUCAUACUGUGGUAACUGGCGGGUCAAGUGGAAUCGGAAAAGCCUUAGCGAUUAAACUGGCCAAAUGUGGAGCCAAUGUGACGAUUUUAGCUCGAAAUAUGAAUAGACUAGAGGAAACAGUAAAAGAAGUAAAGAAACACCUAGCUCCAGAGAGGAAGGUUUUGGCUCUGUCUGUGGAUCUUAUUACUAAUGCACAAGAUGUAGAAAGUACUUUAGAUCAGGCAUCUGAAGCCCUGGGCCCAAUAGACAUUCUUAUCAACUGUGCUGGCUUUGCAGUCUGUGGCUUGUUUGAGGAAACUUCAAUUGAGGAUUUUAAGGCAAUGAUAAACACAAACUAUUUGGCUAGUGUGUUCACAAGUCAUGCUGUUGUGAAGAAGAUGAAGCAGAGGAGAAAAGGUCACCUUGUGUUUGUAUCAUCAAUAGGAGGGCAGUUUGGUAUAUUUGGCUUUACUGCUUAUUCACCUUCCAAGUUUGCAGUUAGGGGUUUUGCAGAAACGUUGUUUAUGGAGGUGAAGCCAUACAAUAUUGCUGUCUCUGUGGCCUUUCCACCAGACACAGACACACCAGGAUUUGAAAAUGAGAAUAAGAACAAGCCUGAAGAAACGCAUCUAAUCAGUAGCUCAGGAGGUCUUUUCACCCCAGAACAAGUUGCAAGUAACAUAGUUAUAGGAAUCAAGGACAGACGAUUCAUUAUAUCAUGUGGCUUUGAUGGAUAUGUAGUGAGUACGCUGACAGCAGGUUUAGCUCCGAUCUCUUCGUUAAUGGAGCUACUAACCCAAGUUAUUCUGAUGGGACCACUCAGAUUUGUGCUGGCGUUCUAUCUGUAUUAUUAUGAUCGUAUUGUAUUUAAAGGGAUGCAAAAGAGAGAACGAAGCAAAAAGACAGAGUGAAGUGACCUUACCUGGUCAAUGGACAAAGUAAACGCAUGUUUGAAAUGCCUAUAGCAGCAUACCAGCCCAAGUGAGGGGUGGCGUUUUCCAGGGUUGACUAAAGACACCAUGGAACGGAAAUUAAGAACUUUUUUCCGAGUGUGAAUCUUUUUAAGACUGAAAUCGUUGUAAUUGAUCAAGUACGAGAUUGGAAAUCUUAUUUAACAGUUUCAAUUCGCAUCAAUAAAGGUACAAGAGUUUUUAUUGCUGC